AAUUUUAGGCUGAUGUUUGUCGAGUCACGUAACAGUGCAGAAGAUCCCGUACAAAUCUGGGAGGAUAAAAUCCGCGAUGUUGAGUCGUUGUUAUUUGAAGCUGACGUUUCCUUUCGCGACAUGGAAGGCAUUGGAAAAUAUAAAAAAAAGUUGAAAACGGAGAUAAAAUUUCUGACUGCUUUAAAAGAUCAACCGGUUAGUGAGUUGAAGAAAUAUUUGGAUACUAGCAAUAUAACUCAUCUUCGAGGCUUGCUUAACGUCGCAAAAAGGCAUUCUUGUUGUGCCUUUUAUAAAAGCUUCGCAACAUCACAGAGGAAAUCAAAACGCGAAGUUGACUUAGUGAUAGAUGGCGGUGCUACAUGGGUGAAAGUGAUAUCUAGAAACGUUCGAGGUCUUGCUAUGGAUUUUAUCGGUGCUAGUGGAAGUGCUAAUCGAUCUGUCAUUGAGCAAGCACAAAAUUACAUUGAGAUGGCUCAAACUCAUCUUCAUUUCUUCAAAGUGCCAAAAAUAAUAUUUGAAUUCGUUCAUGGUGUUCCAGAUUUAUUGCAACAUAAACUUGAAUCAUUUGGGAUUGAAGUUGUUGGUGAUAUGGUGAAUAUUAACGAAUUUGUGAAAUUGCCACUCGAUUUUGCUUCAUAUGACAGUGACGAGAUUUAUGACAAUACAAAAUCUUUUUCGGAGGACGAGUGUUUGAAAGACGAAUGCUGUGUUGUAGAUGCUGUCAACCUUGAUAUCAGUACCGUAUUUGCUCUUAUUUCAUCGUUAACGCAUGAAAAUGGUGCUAAUUAUAAUUACACAAGUCGGUUAUUAAAUGCUCAAGCUGCUUUGGAAAGGAAGAAACCUGUCCUGCCUCCACUACUGAAAGCUAUUGAAGGUACAAAGUGGCUAAUUUGUCGAACAGCAUAUGAUGCUGUACAAUCAAUCCUGAGUACAGUGGCAGGACCGGAGGAGAAAAUACGUGCCAAAGAAUUAUUUGAAAAAGUUGAAGUAGUAGAAGAUAAACUAUCAAAACGAGCAACCACACUAAAAUUGAGUGAUAGAAUCAGCCAGCGAUCCAAAAUAAUAUUUGGUUCUGGUGAUUACUAUAAAGCAGUUACAGUUACUGCCAAUCGUCAUUUUGUUUAUGCAGCUGCUCAUCAGGGUAUCCAUUUUGCUGUUAUUAUACAUGAGUCAAGAGCGUUAAGUGAGCAAAAGCAACGAGAUUUACGGAGAUGAUUCUAUUCUACAUUUUAUUUGAUAUAUUUUGUAUUUGCUGAGACAUCGCAUAAAUAUUGCAAGCAGUUGUUUUUUUUUUUUUUUUUGGAGCUUCUAGCGGGC